AUGGGGAAGGCUCCAGCAGAGGACCAGACCAUGGAGGCUUCCAAGACCUUCAUGAGACAGCUGCCAGUUACACCUGGCUACAGUGGCUUCAUCCCGUACCUGAGCUGCGAGGGGACCUCCAGCGAGGCCAACAUGUCCCGCUGCCUGCAGGCCUUCAGGGAGAAGACACGGUGCUAUAAGAACCAGCUGGAGGAAUUCCACUGCUCGGUGGCCUUGGCCCCGAGACUGAAGCCCAUCCGCUCCAAGGAGACGGUCCUGCGGGCGCUGCACCAGUACGAUCGGCAGCACCACCCCUUGAGUCUGGAAUGCAAAAACAUAAAGAAACCUCUCCAGGAGCCCCCGAUCCCUGGCUGGGCGGGUUACCUGCCGAGAGCCAGGGUCACUGAAUUGGGCUGCGCCACCCGGUACACUGUCAUGGCCAGAAACUGCUACAGGGACUUCCUGGACAUAGUGGAGCAGGCCAAGAGAGCGCACCUGAAACCAUACGACGAAAUAUAUGGAGUUGGGUCCACGCAGCCUCCUCCUAUUCCUUCUCCAAAAGUUUUGCAGCACGAGGGGCUGCUGCCGAAAUACCCGGACUUUUCUAUCCCAGAUGGUAGCUGCCCUGCCCUCAGAAGACCCCUGAGAGAGGACUCCAGGCCUCCGGUGACGUAUGGCUGGGCUCAGAGACAAAAUGUGCCCUGCAACAGGAAGAUGUAUCUGGAGCCACUGUCCUCAGCCAAGUAUGCAGAGGCUGGCCACGCAGAGCCUCCCCAGAGGAGCUGA